AUGAUGCACAGCAUCAGGACCCAAGUCACGCCGCUGCUACUCGCACUCCUGCUGUGCGCCCCGCCAUCAUUGAAGCCCCAUGGCGCCCUCGCCGCCGAGCUGAGCCCCGCGGCCGCGCCGGGCGCCGCGCCCCAGCCGCUGCUCCGGAGGCUGCCGAGCAUCCCCACCGCCAGUGUCGCCGCAAUCUCCAAGGGCGGCCUGCGGCGCGGCCGCCCCCCCGACCCGUGCCGGGCCGCGCAGCUGACGGCCUUCCGGCGCGGCGGCUCCUGCGGCGCGGGCGAGGCCGGCGCGUCGCACAACUCGGCCUGGUGCGGCGACAAUCUUUCGGCCCUCAGGUGCAGGGAGUCCGUGGAGGUGCCCGCUGCGGUCUGCCCCAGCGGCCGGGCCCGCCUGCAGAGCGUCGUGGGCGACGGCACCGCGGCGGGCCAGGCCGAGGUCGGGGGCUGCAGCUACCUGUUCUUCUCCCGCUACGAGUGCGACGGCGGGGACUCCAUCGCCGAGGCGGCCAUGCGCGAGGCCGGGCCGACCUUCCAGGACCUCGACUGCGUGGAGAGGGACGGGGUCGUGACGGAGGACGAGGCGGCCACCUGGAGCGUGAAGAACGGCGUGCCGUACGGCGAGAUACGGAACAUUUUCGACAUGUUCGACGAGGACGGCAGCCGCACGUUGUCCGAGCAGGAGUUCGAGCGGGGGCAGCCCCUCGCGGGGCGGGUCCUCGCUGGCCUCGGCGCCGCGUUCGAGUCCGUGGACCGCGACGGCAGCGGCUCCGUCUCGCGCCACGAGUGGUUGGCCUACUGCUCGGGCUGGAUGACGCCGAGGCCGCCCCCGCAGUCCUGCGCCCGGCUCUUCGACGACGCGCUCGCGAGCGGCGGCGGCCCCGGCGGCGAGCUCGGGCGCGACGGCUUCGAGGCCUGCGGCCGCAUGGCCGCCGCGCUGCAGGAGGGCGCGCGCGCCGUGCCCGCGGCGUGA